AUGGAAUCAACAGAAGUCAUUGUCAAGAACCUUCACGCUCACUCGGAUGAACUCGAAAACAUCCAGAGCUUGUAUCUCACCGCGAGUAAAAAGAUAAACAGCGUCUUCUUCUGCGAGGAAUACAGCACCGGAGCCGACGAACAGCAGAUACGUUUGAAUGUUCCGUAUCACUCGGCGGUGAUCGCUGGCGAUCAAAACGCUAUUGCGGUCGUACUCCAUAGCGAUCACCAGAACCUUGUCAGAUUCCAGACGGAAGAGAGUGAAGAUUACCAAGCAGUUGCUUACUAUCUCACGGAGUGCGCUGAGAACGCCCCCGAUGCCGUGCACAAAAAAUGGUUUAUGGAGAAUAACUUGCGCACCGUCGUGAAGGGAGGAACCAUCCCUCAACCAGGUAUGAACUAUCUCGUGUACACGAAGUCGCAUUCGCCCCAUCCUCUGUCCAUACCACCUGUCUACAAAGGAACUCGCCAGGCUGUCCUCGAGACAAUCUCGCAAUGGGCCGAUGGCGAUUCAUCAGAAAAACCGAUCUUCUGGCUAUGUGAUAUAGCUGGCUCUGGAAAAUCGACCGUCGCGAUGACUGCAAUGGAGAAGUGGAAGAAGCAAGGAAUCUUAGGCGGCGGAUUCUUCUUCUCCAUGGCAAGCAGCGAAAGCUCAGACACCGAAAAGUUUUGCUCGACCAUGGCGAGGGAACUCGCUCAACAUAUUCCGGAGCUUGGGACACCGAUUGCGGAGAUAGUAAAGCGGAAUCCUGCUCUCCUACGAGCCUCUUUUGAUCAACAGUUUCGAAUGCUCAUCACCGGUCCCCUCCAGCAUCAACAGAAGCGAGUAGUUUUCGUCUUAGACGCACUUGACGAAUGCAAGUCUGGACCACAGAGAAGGAAACUGGUAGAGACUCUCGCUUCUGCCGCUCAGGAGAGCAAGAAUCUUCGGAUAUUCAUCACAAGUCGGCCAGACCCUGUGAUAGAAAAGGUUUUAGAACCUCUUUCGAUCAAGGUCAAGUUGAAAGAUCGGCUCUACGAUCCUAGCCAUCGCGAUAACAUCGAAGACAUUGCGAUCUACGUCCACAAAGUGCUGGAUGGAGUCCUGGCACUCGAUAAGAGACAGAGAUUGGUCGAGAAAGCCAGCGGCCUGUUCAUUUGGGCAAGCACUGCCUGCCAAAUCCUUGCCGAGGAGACGAGGGUGAUCUCUCUUGAGGAUACAUAUAAUCAACUGGUCUCUAUCGAUCGGCGUGGGACUAUCGACGACGUUUAUGACCUCGUCUUUGAACGCAUCGAGCCAGCAUCCAAAAAGGCAUCAUUGAAAUGCUCGGUAUGCUGCUUGCUGCGUUCGAACCACUCACCACCCAUGACUUGGAAGACCUUGUUCAGCAUACCAAAGGACAAGGAGUGCCAAGCGCUGGUACGGAUUCUGGGAAGUGUACUCAAGGAGGAUCCGAUCACGCACUUGAUACAGUUUCGUCACCCCACCUUUUUCGAAUAUCUUCGACGACGCUGUAGCACCGAAAUUAUCGGCGGCGACAGAAUCUUAUCAUACAUCGCGCGUGCACAUGGCCAAGCCACAUCAUGGUGUCUUCACACUCUCAAAUCGCGCAAGGAGGGGCUCAAGUUUAAUAUUUGCCAAAUCGAGUCAUCCUUCUAUCUGAAUAGGCAGAUUACAGACCUUGACGCCCGGGUGGCGAAAUUCAUUUCGCGAAGGCUUCGCUAUGCUAGUUUGCACUGGUCGUUCCAUGUGGCCGCAAUGGACAGUGACUGGGGCCGCAGGCUAAGGAAUGAGCUGGCAUGUAUAGUCCAAAGUCCAUUCGCACUCUAUUGGAUGGAGAUCCUCAGCGUGAAUGGAGGAGUCAUGCGUGCAGUAUCUGGAAUGCGAGCUGCGACGCAACAUAAGAGUCUUGAGCAAGGGAUCCGAGGUCGGAUGAAUGACAUCAGACGGUUUUUGAUGGCAUUCUCUGUACCAAUCCAAGACAGCGCACCACACAUCUACAUCUCAUCUCUCCCAUUCAGUCCACGGAAGUCGGUACUUCAUACGGAGGGUUUAAAGGAGUAUAUGAAUUCGUUAAUUGUGACCAGAGGGCUUGAAGAAACAUUUCGUGAGCUUCCCAGAACGCUGCUAGGUCACCAGGGUAGUGUCACAGCGGUUUCAUUCUCACCAGAUGGCACACGAAUCGUCUCUGGCUCAAGCGACAGGACAAUUCGACAGUGGGAUGCAGAGACUGGCCAGCCAUUGGGAGAGCCACUCCAAGGUCAUGAAUUCUCGGUGAACGCUGUCGCAUUCUCACCAGAUGGCACACGAAUCGUCUCUGGCUCAAGCGACAGGACAAUUCGACAGUGGGAUGCAGAGACUGGCCAGCCAUUGGGAGAGCCACUCCAAGGUCAUGAAGACGAGGUCAUGGCUGUCGCAUUCUCACCAGAUGGCACACGAAUCGUCUCUGGCUCUUUGGACAGGACAAUUCGACAGUGGGAUGCAGAGACUGGCCAGCCAUUGGGAGAGCCACUCCAAGGUCAUGAAGCCUCGGACAGGACAAUUCGACAGUGGGAUGCAGAGACUGGCCAGCCAUUGGGAGAGCCACUCCAAGGUCAUGAAUCCUUCGUCAACGCUGUCGCAUUCUCACCAGAUGGCACACGAAUCGUCUCUGGCUCAAGGGACAGGACAAUUCGACAGUGGGAUGCAGAGACUGGCCAGCCAUUGGGAGAGCCACUCCAAGGUCAUGAAGACGAGGUCAUGGCUGUCGCAUUCUCACCAGAUGGCACACGAAUCGUCUCUGGCUCUUUGGACAGGACAAUUCGACAGUGGGAUGCAGAGACUGGCCAGCCAUUGGGAGAGCCACUCCAAGGUCAUGAAGGCGAGGUCAUGGCUAUCGCAUUCUCACCAGAUGGCACACGAAUCGUCUCUGGCUCAAGCGACAGCACAAUUCGACAGUGGGAUGCAGAGACUGGCCAGCCAUUGGGAGAGCCACUCCAAGGUCAUCAAUCCUCCGUGAACGCUGUCGCAUUCUCACCAGAUGGCACACGAAUCGUCUCUGGCUCUUUGGACAGGACAAUUCGACAGUGGGAUGCAGAGACUGGCCAGCCAUUGGGAGAGCCACUCCAAGGUCAUGAAUACUCGGUGAACGCUGUCGCAUUCUCACCAGAUGGCACACGAAUCGUCUCUGGCUCUUUGGACAGCACAAUUCGACAGUGGGAUGCAGAGACUGGCCAGCCAUUGGGAGAGCCACUCCAAGGUCAUGAAGACUCGGUGAACGCUGUCGCAUUCUCACCAGAUGGCACACGAAUCGUCUCUGGCUCUUUGGACAGCACAAUUCGACAGUGGGAUGCAGAGACUGGCCAGCCAUUGGGAGAGCCACUCCAAGGUCAUGAAGACUCGGUCAAGGCUGUCGCAUUCUCACCAGAUGGCACACGAAUCGUCUCUGGAUCUAAGGACUGCACCGUUCGACUAUGGGAGGCAAAUACCGGUCAGUCCUUGGGGAGGCCACUCCAAGGUCAUGAAGACUCGGUCAUGGCUGUCGCAUUCUCACCCGAUGGCACACGAAUCGUCUCUGGCUCUUUGGACAGGACAAUUCGACAGUGGGAUGCAGAGACUGGCCAGCCAUUGGGAGAGCCACUCCAAGGUCAUGAAGACUCGGUCAUGGCUGUCGCAUUCUCACCCGAUGGCACACGAAUCGUCUCUGGCUCUUUGGACAGGACAAUUCGACAGUGGGAUGCAGAGACUGGCCAGCCAUUGGGAGAGCCACUCCAAGGUCAUGAAUACUCGGUCAUGGCUGUCGCAUUCUCACCCGAUGGCACACGAAUCGUCUCUGGCUCUUGGGACAGGACAAUUCGACAGUGGGAUGCAGAGACUGGCCAGCCAUUGGGAGAGCCACUCCAAGGUCAUGAAGACUCGGUCAUGGCUGUCGCAUUCUCACCCGAUGGCACACGAAUCGUCUCUGGCUCUUGGGACAGGACAAUUCGACAGUGGGAUGCAGAGACUGGCCAGCCAUUGGGAGAGCCACUCCAAGGUCAUGAAUCCUCAUUGAACGCUGUCGCAUUCUCACCAGAUGCUUUGAAUCGUCUCUGGCUCUUUGGACAGGACAAUUCGACAGUGCCAUUGGGAGAGCCACUCCAAGGUCAUGAAUCCUCGGUCAAUGCUGUCGCAUUCGCACCAGAUGGCACACGAAUCGUCUCUGGCUCUUUGGACAGGACAAUUCGACAGUGGGAUGCAGAGACUGGCCAGCCAUUGGGAGAGCCACUCCAAGGUCAUGAAGAUAAGGUCAUGGCUGUCGCAUUCUCACCACAUGGCACACAAGUUGUCUCUGGUUCCUUCGAUAGGACAAUUCAAAUCUGGAGUUUGGCCAAUGCAUAA